AUGUGCUGCAGUGGCGACGGAGAACUUGGAUGCACUAAAAGAGUGACUUCGUGGCGCGUUCCCAUGAACGUGGAGGACGCGGCCUCCUCGCAUACCGCCUUUGAGGCCAAGCUGCCAGCGAUAUGGAAAUGUGGCUUAAUAAUUACAUGCUCAGUUUUGGAGUUAGACCCAGAGAAAUUUGUGUCCAAACUCUACCACCUAAGAGCUGUGGAACUUAGUGAUGUCACCUUUCCACAUCUGGGUCUCUACACCUGCAAAUCUGUCACAGAAAGCUUUGCCAGAGUGAUCCAUGGCUUGACAGUGGAGCACCUGACAGACCACGUCAUUCAGAGAAGCAAAAGAAUGAUUCUGGAUACCCUGGGUGUCGGCUUCCUGGGAACCAAUACAGAAGUGUUUCGCAAAGUCAGUGAAUAUAGUAAGAUCUACAGUUCCAAUGUGGCCAGCACUGUUUGGGGUCAGCCAGACUUAAGGCUCCCGCCGACAUAUGCUGCUUUUGUGAACGGUGUGGCUAUUCACUCAAUGGAUUUUGAUGAUACAUGGCAUCCUGCCACCCACCCUUCUGGAGCGGUCCUUCCUGUCCUGCUGGCUUUAUCAGAAGCUCUGCCUCCAAGUCCAAAGUGUUCUGGCCUUGAUCUGCUCUUAGCUUUCAAUGUUGGGAUUGAAGUGCAAGGCCAAUUACUGCGUUUCUCCAAGGAAGCCAAUGACAUACCAAAGAGAUUCCAUCCCCCCUCAGUGGUAGGAACCUUGGGUAGUGCUGCUGCUACAUCCAAGUUUUUGGGGCUCAGCAUGACAAAGUGCCGAGAGGCCCUGGCUAUUGCUGUUUCUCAUGCCGGGGCACCCAUAGCAAACGCUGCCACUCAGACCAAGCCUCUUCAUAUCGGCAAUGCUGCCAGGCAUGGGAUGGAAGCCGCUUUUCUGGCAAUGCUGGGUCUCCAAGGAAACAGACAAAUCUUGGACAUGCAGACAGGGUUUGGGGCCUUCUAUGCCAACUAUUCCCCAAAAGUUCUUCCAAACCUAGAUUCCCACACUUGGCUGCUGGACCAGCAGGAUGUGGCCUUCAAGCGGUUCCCUGCACAUUUGGCCACCCACUGGGUGGCAGACGCAGCUGCAUCUGUGAGAAAGCACCUUGUAACAGACAGAGACCUGCUUCCCAUUGACCGCAUUGCAAGAAUUGUGCUCAGAAUUCCAGAUGUCCAGUAUGUAAACAGGCCCUUCCCAGACUCAGAGCAUGAGGCUCGUCAUUCCUUCCAGUUUGUGGCCUGUGCCACACUGCUUGAUGGCGGCAUCACUGUCCCAUCAUUCCACAAAUGCCAGAUCAACAGGCCACAGGUGAGGGAGUUGCUCAGUAAGGUGGAGCUGGAGCACCCUCAAGACAACCUGCCAAGCUUCAACACACUAUACUGUGAGAUAAGUGUCACUCUCGAUGAUGGAGCCACCUUCACAGAGCGCUCUGAUACCUUCUAUGGCCAUUGGAGGAAGCCAUUGAGCCAGGAGGACCUACGGGAGAAGUUCAGAGCCAAUGCUUCCAGCGUGCUGUCCUGUGAUACAGUAGAUAGACUUACAGAGAUGGUAGAGAACCUAGAAGACCUAGAAGACUGUUCUGUCCUAACCACUCUUCUGAAAGGACCAUCUUCACCAGAGAUGGUUUCAAAACUAUCUAGCAUCCAACAAUUUCAUCAGACAGUUUCUCCUGAGGCUUACCAACAUCUAAGUGACUUUAUAUUGGGGAAAAAUCAGUGA